AUGUCCCGGGAUGAGACAGUGUGUAAAUACUGUGGAGUCAGCUAUUUGAUACUUCAUGAAUUUCAAGUGAUGGAAGAAAAAGUCAAAACGAUGGAAGAGGAGAUUAAAUUUUAUGAAGGAAGUAUAGAACGGGAAAAAGGACUUCAAGCAGAACUGCAGUCUCUUUACCAAGACCUUGAACACUAUCGAGCUGAGAGUGAAUCAAAAACAGAAAGAAUAAAAAACCUAACAGUGGAACUUAAAAGCAGACAAGAUGAAUUAAAAAAUGUGAAAGAAGAUUUGCGGUAUUACCAAGAGGAAAAGGAAGCUGCCUAUAAGCAGUCACAAGUGCUCAGAAGUGAACUAGACAGUAUUAAAGAAGUCAUCUCCAGUAACCUGGAGAACUGGGCUGCUCUGAAAGAAGAAAUUUUGCUACAAAUCAAAACCAUUAGCAAGGAAGCUUUGACAGAAAUACCCAAAUUGAAUCAAAGAUUAGCAAAAUCCCAGAGAGAGAACGAAUGCCUCCAAGAAAAGGUGAAACAUCUGACGCUGGUGGCCGACACGGUUGAGCUGAAAACUCAACAGCUUCAAACUUCACUUCAGCAAGGGAAUGAGCUACAAAGUAGAUGUCGAGAACUACAAAAGGAAACGUUAG